CUUCGAUUAAUUCACUGGACAUAUAGAGCUUGGUUGAUCUAUCAAUUGACGAGCUAGCUAGCUAACGUUAAAGACAAAAUAUGAAGACAAGUCCAGCAGUGCCGCUCAUGUUCAUCCUGUUCAUCACGGUCGUCGUCGUCCAUGCUGCUAACAAUUGCCCAACUCCUGAACCCUCUUCGCCAUGGCCAUGGGUUGGCUUUCGGUUGGCCCUGCUCUGGUCUCCGGGCUACUGCACAAUUACCGGGAAUUGCGAUGCUGCAAAGAUUAAAGAUGAGUUCACGAUUCACGGUAUGUGGCCUUUCAAUGAGACGGAUCAGAGUCCUCCAAUUCCCGCGGGUGCCGUCCCAUAUGACCCAGCUCUGAUUGUUGGAGAUUUGAGAAAUGCAUUAGAUGAGCAGUGGCCGAAUUACGAGAGUGGGAAGGCAAACGAAGAUUUCUGGGCAUAUGAGUAUAACAAACAUGGGGUGAUCGAUAUCAACGGGCUUGCUGGGGCAGGUAGAUUACUUCACGGUGGCAUUGGCUCUGCACGACAUGUACGAUGUAAAAGCGUCUCUUACGGAGGAUGGCAUCACUCCCGGUCCAAAUGGAGUGCAGCCCGGCAAGUUCUUGAACGCGGUCAUGUUCUUGGUGAAUGCCACGCAAACCUGAGGUGUGAAGUGAAGGCGGGGACACAGGAACUCUACCUCAAGGAGGUCUGGCUUUGCUUUGAUUACUCCGCCGACCUCCCCAAGCCAUGUCCUUCUUUGUUGCCCGACACUUGCCCCGGGAAGUUUAUUUAUAAAAGCGGCAUGUAGUGAUUGAUCU